AUGUCCCGAUCCGUUAACCGCAGCCCGGAACCCCGACCAUGUCCCAAGUGCGGAGGUUACAUCUGUUCUGGCGUCUACGAAUCUUGCGAAGAUUAUUACCUCGUUUUUACUUACCAAGGCAAGCCUCCCUCAAAGCCAAAAACCCCUACCAUGGAAGAAGAUUGGGUUGUAUUGAAACCCAGAACACCUCCAAGCAAUGAAGAACUCGAGGAGGCUAUCGAAGAGUUGGUGCAAGACUCGGUGCAAGAAAGCGUGCACGAACGUGCAGUGAGAUCAUUGAAAGAAUUCAUUCAGUAUCAUCAUAAGGUAGACAAGCAAAAUGAUGUAGCAGCGGAGGACGAGGGGGAAGAUGUCCCAGCGACAGACCACCAAUCCGAUGAGGAUCCAGCAACGAAGGAAGUACCAAACAGCGAAGGUCAAGAUAAAGCCGAGGAAGAGAAAGCAAUUAGAGCCGAAGACUGGGAGAGGAAAGAAUGGAAAACUGCUUUACGGGCGUAG